UAGCAACACUGCAUUCGUGUUCGAUUUCGUGAGUGAGUUGUGUUGUGUCUAACUAUUUGGAGCAAUUUAUUUUGUUGUAUAUUUUUCUAACCAGUAAUCCCUGCGUAAUAUCUUUCGCCUACGUUGUAUUGAGUGCUUUAAAAUACAUGUUUGCAAUCUUAAUAGUGCAACAAAGACAUUUUGUGAGUUCCAUUGACUAUUUUUACAAAGGAUAAACUGCGGAUUUCUUUUCCGUGCACAUUUCUCCACGGAAAUCUUUGUAUUUUACGUAACAAUCGGGAAUGCAAAUAAAGCUAUUUGUGAAUAAAUCGUCGUGGUAAAGGUGGAGAAGUUUUGGGGUGACUGGUAUGGGCGUGCGGUGAGAUUAAGAGUUCUUUAUCAAGAUGACAGAGGGCGAGCGGCAGCAGAAUGCUGGCGGCACCAAUGCCGCCCCACAGCACAGAAAGGGGCACAGAAGGCAAGAGUCAAUGUACGCGAUGACUGGACUGUACGCGGAGUCAGGGUGCACGGAAGGCGCUGCAGACGAGGCUGGGCCGAGCACACCGCCGCUCCCCUCGCAUCCACCGCGCGAGUCCGUCAAAUGCCACAGCCGGAAUCCUUCGGCUGGAAUUUGCGACAGAGAUCGCGAUCGGGAAAAGGAAAGAGAAAAACCUCGACAAAUUUUUCCAGAGAUAUUAGACAUUCCUCAUGACGCAAGAGAUUGCGGUAUCCUGUCGUGGAGACCGCUAUUCAUCCAGAGAUUUUCUAGUAUUAAAGUAUUCGUAUUUUUUCUUUCGUUCCUAGUAACGCUGCAGCAAGCGUUGAGCUCCGGAUACAUAAAUUCUGUAAUCACGACGAUCGAAAAACGCUUCGAAAUCCCAUCGAGUCUCUCGGGACUAAUUGCAAGCAGUUACGAGAUUGGAAACGUUAUUACCGUAAUAUUCGUUUCAUAUCUCGGCAGCAGACGACACAUUCCAGUAUGGAUCGCAGUUGGUGCGGUAAUUAUGGGCAUUGGAUCACUGGUGUUUGUUGUUCCGCAUUUCAUAGCCGAGGUGAACAGCGAGACGUUGGCGAACAAUAAGUCUGAAGACAACAUCUGUCGUUUGCCAGGCGCGCUCGAUCAAGACAUGGGCUUGGCGCGGCUCUCGGGCCUGCCGCCCAGCAAUUUGAGACCUGAUAAUUGUAUAAAGAGCACGCCGAGCACGUUCAUGCCGGUGAUGGUGUUCGUGGUGGCGCAGUUGCUGCUCGGCUGCGGCGGCUCGCCUCUCCUCACGCUCGGCACCACAUACGUCGACGACCACGUGCGCCCCGAAUCCUCCAGCAUGUAUAUCG